AUUGUUUUGAUUUUUAUAACCAGCUGAUUUCCUGUUAAAAUAUUCAUACUACAGGAGCACAGAGACUAUUGAUAUCUGAGGGCAAGAUGAGGAAAAGCAAGGCCCCCUCCUCCAGGAGGGCUGAAAUCCAGCAUCUGUACCAAUGCUACACCUCAGGCCAGAGGACUCUGCCUGCCUGCGCCCUCCUCAGGUUCCUCCACAAGGAGCAGAUGCAACUCACAGCAAAUACAGAGACAGCAGAGAAUUUAAUUGACAGAUAUGAGAUUGAAGAAGCAGCCAGAGAAAGCAGGUCCAUGACAUUUGAGGGAUUCCUGAGGUACAUGGAGUCCAAAGACUGCUGUGUGUUUGACCAAACCCAUGCAUCGGUGUACCAAGACAUGGAUCAGCCUCUCAGCAGCUACGUCAUCUCCUCAUCACACAACACCUACCUGACUGGAGAUCAACUAGUAGGAAAAAGCCACCUGGACGCCUAUGUUUGUGCUCUGAGGAAAGGCUGCCGCUGUCUGGAGAUUGACUGCUGGGAUGGGCCAGAUAUGGAGCCUGUAGUCUACCAUGGCUACACCCUGACCACAAAGAUUUUCUUUAAGGAUGUCAUCACCACUGUGGAGCAACAUGCCUUUGAGGUGUCUGCUUACCCAGUGAUCCUGUCAUUGGAAAACCAUUGUUCCCGGGAGCAGCAAGAGGUCAUGGCCCACUACCUUAUCUCUAUCCUGGGGGAGAAGCUGCUGAGAAGUCCCUUGGAUCACCCAACCACUGGAGACCUCCCAAGCCCAAAUGACCUGAAGUAUAAGAUCCUCAUCAAGAAUAAAAAGUUAAAGCCUCAGGUGAAGGCAGAGGAGGCAUCAGGGACAGAGGCAGAGGAGAGUGUAGAUGAGGGCGAGGAUGAUGAUGAUGAUGAGGAGGAUGAGGAUCUUCAAACCAAAACAAAGUUCUGGUCUCCCAGCAAGGCAGGGUCAAAGAAGGAAAUAAAGCUGCUGUCUUUGUUUUGUCUUCCUCUCUUACUUAAAUGUAACGAGUAGAAGAAGAAGGUGGUGGUGGCCGAGGCUUUAUCUGACCUGGUCAUAUACACCAGGUCUGUUAAGUUCAUCAGCUUCAUUCACUCUAAGGAUAAUCAGAACUACUAUGAGAACACGUCUAUGGCAGAGAAGAAAGCGCGCAAGCUAGCCAAAGCCUCAGGUGCAGAUUUUGUUCGCCAUAACCAGAAGUUCCUCAGCAGGAUUUACCCAGCAGGCUCGAGGACAUCUUCGUCCAAUUACAACCCUCAGGAGUUUUGGAACGUCGGCUCACAGCUUGUGGCUCUCAAUUUCCAGUCUCUGGGCUUGCCUAUGGACCUUAAUGGUGGCCGUUUCCAGGACAACGGGGGCUGUGGAUACAUCCUGAAGCCAGCGGUGCUCAUGUCCAGUCAGAGCAGCUUUGAUCCUGGAUGUAGCCACCACAGGCUCAAACCCACACACCUGCUGCUCAAGGUGAUCAGUGGGUCCAACCUACCUGUUCCCAGGAGUGGCAAAGCUCUGGACCCCUUUGUCAGAGUGGAGAUUCAUGGGAUUGCAUCUGACUCCCGCAGAAAAAGCACACAUACUGUCAAAAACAAUUCUUUGAGUCCUCAUUGGGAUGCUGACAUGAACUUCAACAUCAGCAUCCCCGAGCUCUGCCUCAUGCGCUUCUGUGUCCGAGAUCAGACCGGCCUUCUCAGCAGCGAGUUUGUGGGCCAGUACACUCUGCCCUUCACCAGCCUGAAGAAAGGCUACCGCUGGGUGCCUCUCCUGUCCCGAGACGGAUGCAGCCUGGAUCCAGCCUCCCUCUUUGUUUUUGUCUGGUAUUCCUAAAAACAGCUCUCCCUAUCAGACUCUCUCUCUCUCACUCUAUCACUCUCACUC